AUGGGAAGCCAGGUCCAGACAGUCACACUGGUAUUCAAGCUGUUCCCCCAGUGUGCAGCCCUCUGCUAUUUGGGAUGCAAAAGACCCCUUGUCCUCAUGGCUUCUGCCCAGCUCCUGGACAGUGUCAUAGGGCUGGCAGCACUUAGGCUGACAACCAGAGCAGUAUUUACCAUGGCCGGACCAGCUCUGCUGCUGCUGUUGCUGCUCAGCUUCCUCACCUUUGACAUGCUCCACAGGCCUUUAGGUCCCACCGUGCAACAGCACAGACACCUCACAAGGGGACAGAGUCAGGGAGCUGGUGAGGGUCCAGGACAGCAGGCAGCUCCUCUCUUGCCAACAGGUCACCCCAGCCUCCAGAACAUACUGCUCCUGCUGCUCCUGGGCCUGGGGCUGUUCUUGGGAACCCACAGCAUGCUUCUAGCCCUGUUGGGCCUGGCUUUCUGCCUGCAUCCGUGGGCCUGAAUUUCUCCCAAGGCAUCAAUGCCAGCCCCCAAUACACUGG